AUGAGGAGAGCGCUGGGCAGCGGCGGCCUGUCAGUGAGCGGGUGGGGGUUGGCUGCAGUAGCAGCUGGGCUUCAGCGGCGGAGAACAGCAGCAGCAGCUGGGAGCGGCAGUCUCCAGUCGGUCAUAGCGGGUUAACCCUACUCUUCCUUCCGAAGCCCUUCCCAGUCAAACCCGGCACUUAGGCUUUGCCCUCGGCUUUUCCCAGCCCCGAAGUCAGAUGGCCGGGCUGUCGGCGGCGGCAGCGCACGGGGAGUCGGCCUUCAACCCUCAGGAAAAGGAGCUGGCAGAGCGCUUCAAGCGCCUGUAUCCGGCCGUCGACGAGCAGGAGACGCCGCUGCCGAGGUGCUGGAGCCCGAAGGACAAGUACAGCUAUAUCGGCCUGUCUCAGAACAACCUGCGGGUGCACUACAAAGGUCAUGGCAAAACGCCAAAAGAUGCAGCUUCAGUCCGAGCAACUUUUCCCAUUCCGGCUGCAUGUGGGAUUUAUUACUUCGAGGCAAAGAUAGUCAGUAAGGGAAGAGAUGGAUAUAUGGGCAUUGGACUUUCUGCUCAAGGUGUCAACAUGAAUAGAUUACCAGGCUGGGAUAAACAUUCAUAUGGAUAUCAUGGAGAUGAUGGCCACUCGUUCUGUUCCUCUGGGACAGGACAGCCCUAUGGACCAACUUUUACAACUGGGGAUGUAAUUGGAUGCUGUGUAAACAUGAUCAAUAAUACAUGUUUCUACACAAAGAAUGGUCACAGUUUAGGUAUUGCUUUCACAGAUCUACCGCCAAAUUUAUAUCCUACAGUUGGACUGCAGACACCAGGAGAGGUGAUAGAUGCUAAUUUUGGACAGCAUCCAUUUGUUUUUGAUAUAGAGGACUACAUGCGGGAAUGGAGAUCUAAAAUUCAGAGUCAGAUUGAAAGGUUCCCAGUAGGAGAUCGGGAAGGGGAAUGGCAGACAAUGAUACAGAAAAUGGUUUCAUCUUACUUAGUGCAUCAUGGUUAUUGUGCUACAGCUGAAGCGUUUGCCAGAUCCACAGGACAAGCUUUCCAAGAAGAGCUAGCAUCAAUUAAAAAUAGACAAAGAAUUCAGAAGUUGGUACUGGCUGGAAGAAUGGGAGAAGCAAUUGAAACAACGCAACAGCUAUAUCCAGGUCUUCUUGAAAGAAAAUCCAACCUCCUUUUUAUGCUAAAAGUCCGCCAGUUUAUAGAAAUGGUAAAUGGAACGGAUAGUGAAGUACGGUGUCUAGGAGGCCGAAGUCCAAAGUCUCAAGACAGCUACCCAGGUAGCCCUAGAACCUUCAACAGUCCCAGCAUGAGUCCCAGCCAUGGAAGCAAUAUCCACAUCCUAGCAGCAUGCAGAGGGAAUGGUUCACAUAGUCACUUUACAGGUUAUGAAAAUAAUUGUAGCAAUGGUAUAAUAUCCAUUAAAGGCCAUCAAUCCAGUAGUCACAAUAAGCAUCCAACCUCGUGUUUAAAUACUUCAGAAUUAAACAGUAUAAAUGCUGCAAGAUCUCAGCAAUCAAACAGUUGUAUUAGAGACAAUAAUGAUAUAGAUAUGGAGACUGAACACUACAGCAAUGGGGUGGCAGAGUCUUCAUCAAAUGGUUUCCUUAAUGGCAGUUCAAAACUUGAUCAUGAUAUGGACGAAAAUGAUGCAGAAAUGGAAAUAGACUUGACUCAGUCGCGACGCCAACUUUGUGGAGGCAGCCAGGCAGCAAUUGAACGCAUGAUUCAUUUUGGGCGGGAACUGCAAACAGUGAGCGAGCAGCUGAGAAGAGAAUGUGGCAAAAAUACAGCUAAUAAGAAAAUGCUUCAGGAUGCAUUUAGUUUGCUUGCUUAUUCUGAUCCAUGGAACAGCCCAGUAGGAUAUCAGCUUGAUGUGGUGCAAAGAGAGCCUGUGUGUUCAGCAUUAAAUAGUGCUAUAUUAGAAUCUCACAAUCUGCCAAAGCAGCCACCACUGGCUCUCGCUAUUGGUCAGGCUUCAAAAUGUCUAGAGUUGAUGGCCCAUUUGGGUAUUGGUUCGUGUGCGUUUGCCACUGUGGAAGAAUAUUUGCACUAGCUAUGUGUUUGUAC